CUAUCUCAGAGCUGUGAGGAACGGGCGGACCUGCAGGCGCAUGGUGGAGAGCACGACGGGCGUUUGGAGGUCUGGUGGCGCAGAGAUCCGUUCAUGACGGGGUGACUACCGAACCACAGUCGGGGGGCAGAAGUGGAGAAGAAAAACACGAGCUGAGGAACUUGGCUGAAAGCGUAUCUGUGCUACCAGAAACCUCUGAGAGAGACAGGAGUCACGUGCACAUGUGAAAUGUGCUGAGUCUCCCGUUUGCGAACUGAACCCCUGCAGAACUGCUUUGGACUCUGGUGUGCCUCUGUUCUGCCUCUCCAUGAGCCAGCUGGAAGCAAUGGGAGAAGCCGAAGCCAUCCCAAAUGAUCUGUGCUCCACUUGUGGCCAGCGGCACCUUCCAGAGGAAAACCACGAAUACAGCUACCAAGAUGAAGUGGACGAUGACCUCAUCUGCCACAUCUGCUUGCAGCCCUUGAUUCAGCCAAUAGACACCCCAUGUGGUCACACCUACUGCACAGAAUGCCUUACAAACUUCCUCCUGGAGAAGGACUUCUGUCCUGUGGAUAGGGAACCCCUCAUGCUGCAAACCUGCAAGAAGUCCAGCAUCUUGGUUAACAAACUGCUGGACAAGCUGCUAGUUCACUGUCCCCUGACUGAACACUGCAUGGAGACUGUACAGAGAUGUGACCUUGAAGCGCACUUGAAGAACAGGUGUAAGGGCGCGUCGCACUAUGGCCUCUCGGCCGACAGGAAGAGACGCUCUCAGGAAGGUGACGGCACCGACAGCACAGCUGAGCUCACCGUGGCUGCGGUGCCUUCGGAGGUGCCCGGCUCUGCCGCUGUGGCCUUGCUCUCCGAUGACCCGGGGCUCGUGAACCCUGCCUUCGACCCCAGCGCGGAGGACAGCCAGACUGGGAGCAGCACGAGCCUCUCUGCAAGAAACAACACCAAAAAACUCCGAAAUUUCGACCGCACAUCUGCCAGGAGCAGGUCCUUCAAACGCCUGAACAGGGCUUUCAGCGUCCUCAGGAGAACGAAAAGUGGGAAUGCGGUUGUCAACGAGACGGUGGAGGAGCGUGACAACUUGAGGAACUCCCACGUUCCCCGGGAAGCCUUGGCUCUCCCCCAGCUGCACCACCUGAUCCCUGAUGGGGAGAUCACCAGCAUCAGGAUCAACCGCGCCGAUCCCAGCGAGGCCCUGGCCAUCACCAUCGUGGGCGGCAACGAGACGCCCCUGGUGCGCAUUCUCAUCCAGGACAUCUACCGAGAGGGGGUCAUAGCCCGAGACGGGAGGCUGCUGCCGGGGGACGUGAUACUGAAGGUGAACGGUAUCGACAUCAGCGACGUGCCGCACCGCUACGCCGUGUCCGUCCUGAAGCAGCCGUGCCAGCUGCUGCGGCUCACCGUGCUGCGCGAGCAGCGGCACCGGCACCGCUGCGGCCCAGACGGCCCCGGCCCGCGCGACGACAGCCUGCACGUGAUCCUGACCAAGAGCUGCCCCGAGGAGCAGCUGGGCAUCAAGCUGGUGCGCCGGCCCGAGGAGCACGGCGUCUUCAUCUUCCACCUGCUGGAGGGCGGCCUGGCGGCGCGCGAGGGGCAGCUGCGCGUCAGCGACAGGGUCCUGGCCAUCAACGGGCAUGACUUGCGCUACGGGGCGCCGGAGCACGCCGCCCUGCUCAUCCAGGCCAGCGAGGCGCGCGUGCACUUCAUCGUUUCCCGGCAGUCCCGACCCCAGACCCCAGACAUCCUGCAGGAGCCCCUCUGGACCAUGAGUGGCCCCCCGCCCUACUCCCCCGAGGAGGAGGUCCACGCCAGCAAGAGUGUAUGUCAUAAUCCAGACUGCAUAGAGAAGAGUGUGACCCUGACCAAAGAGCCCCACGACUCCCUGGGCAUGACGGUGGCCGGGGGGAUGAUGAGCCGGGGAUGGGACCUGCCAGUUUACGUCACCAACGUUGACCCCGAUGGGGUGGUGGGGAGAGAAGGCUCCAUAAAGAAAGGAGACAUCCUGCUGAGCGUGAACGGGAUGGACCUGACCGGGGUGACGCGCGGGGAGGCCGUGGCCAACCUGAAGAACACCUCCUCCCCGGUGGUGCUGAAGGUGCUGGAGAUGAGGCGGGCGGAGGAGCUCCCGGCCGACGGCCCGCCGCUCCCUGAGGCCCCCAAGGGCCACACCUCCGGCGAUGACUAUACGCCCCAGUGGACCUCCUGGCUCCAGCUGCCCAGGUACCUGUCCUGCUGUAAAGAUAUCGUCCUGAGGCGGAACACGUCGGGCAGCCUGGGCUUCAGCAUCGUGGGAGGUUACGAGGAGAAGAACUGCACCCAGCCGUUCUACAUCAGGUCUAUUGUGGAAGGGACGCCGGCUUACAACGACGGCAGGAUAAGGUGCGGCGACCUGCUGCUGGAGGUCAACGGGAAGAGCACUUCGGGGAUGACGCACACGGCGCUCGUCAGGAUGCUGAAGGAGCUGCGCGGCAGGGUCACGCUGACGAUCGCGUCCUGGCCCGGCAGCCUCCUAUAGGAGGCAGGAGCCGGCCGGAGCCGAGCUGCCGCGGGGGGCUCCGAAGAGACGCCGCACAGCCGCCACUCGCUUUGCCUGGAGCUCACAGGGAGGAGCGCACCAGCACCGCAGGCCAGGCCACGUCCCGGUACGAACGUCCGAAGCACUGUGCUGAGCAGCUCCACGGGUUCUGCUGUCCUGACAAUCCAGGGGAAGCUGGGAGGGAGCACGUUGCUAACUACAGUUAUACGUUAGAAUAUGCAUCUCAUUGGACUCACGUUACUUACUGUAAAUGUUGCUGUCUGAACAUACAGAUUCAAGCACUUGUAUUCUUUUUAAAUGGCCUUUUAAACAAUACAGUGGGUCUUUUUAUCGUCCGUACUGCAGUGGUUUCCAUUUCAUCAUCUGUUGAGAAACGGGGGGACACUUGGCGAUGCAGCUGCAACAUUCUUAAACAACCUCAGUAGAUGUGUUCUUAAUCUGUGCAGAUGUGACAUUAUCAUGGAGGCCUUACUGAUUUUCAUACUUGUGAAAAACUUUUCUGUCUUUAUCUGUGGAAGUUCCAAUCUCUGAGAAGUUGUUUGAUAUGGUGUUUACUUCCAGUUGUUUUAAUUGCUUGAGCCUAUGUAAUAUAUCUGAUGCUAAGUUUGGUAAAAAAAAAAAUAAAGUUCUGGAAAAGGAGAGAAA